AUCGUCCUGUGUUGAAAACAGACUUUCCACCCGUGGUGGGAAAUAUCAAACGCCGCAUAAACUGGGUGACAAGACGGACAAGCGUUACAACACACUAAUUGUGGUCAACAUUGUGUGCAGGUCUUUUGGGCUUCUCCACUGUAAACCCUCUUUUAUGUUUCAGAGAACAGACGACAGACGAGUUGUCAAGAGUUGUCACGGCAACCGGGGAUCGAGUGCCGUAAAGCUGCGUAAAUGUGUCAUUGUCUUCAGACAGAGAGCAAAGGAAUAUCAACAAAGUGGGAGGUUGGCAAUGAAGAUGUGUCCGCUUCAUCCACUAGUUUGCUGCAGUCUGCUGAUUCUAUGGGCCUUUCAAAGAGCGGAGACCACCUCGUGGAAGUCUGUCAGGAUGAAAAAUCCCCCGACAAUCUCCAACUGUUGAGUUUCUCAUUGCAUGAGCAUAACUUUAUGGAUAUUGGCGGAAUAAAACUUUACCUGCUUCUUUAUCCAACAAAUCUACUCAACUGCUCGUGGACCUUCCCCACUUUAGAUAAGGACUCUCAACUUUAUGUUUAUAUCAGCAUUUGUGAUAAUAACAGCACAGUUCAGCCCCUUAAUCUUAUAUCAAAACAACAUUCUGGAUCAACGUCCAUUGCUCUGAAGCAAUAUGAGUGGUUGUAUGUGAUCAUUCAAUUCAAUGUGUCCCUGCACCAUACGUGGGCCGUCUACAGCUAUGUGUACGACACUGAAAAGAUGGAGGUCUUACCUCCACCUGGAGACAUUUCUGCUUCAGUCAAAGAUAAAGACCUAGUGGUGACCUGGGACAAGCCCCGCGGACGUGCUAACUCCAACUCCUUGUGCUUUGAAUACGAGUUGGCUGUGGGCAACCCGGAACAAACACUAAUCCCAAGUCGCGAGCUGUCACAUACAAUGCCAAAUGCCAAUCCAGCUUCCACCUACAGUGUGAAAGUCAGAACCAAGCAAACGUUCGAUUGUUCAGGGUCGCGAUUAUGGAGCGACUGGAGUGACACUAUCAUAAUACAACAGUCUUUUUACGCAUUCAACAUCACGAUAAUUGUCGCAAUCGCACUUGGAAUACCUAUGAUCCUUCUGACUUUGCUGUUGUUGGUCCGCAAUCACAGGGUGGCACAGGUUCUGUAUCCCACAAUUCCUCGUCCCCCAUUAAAGUACAAACAUUUUCUGGAGGAAAACAACGCAUUCAAUUUUUAUCAUCCUGCUCCAUCUGUGAAAUAUGAAGAGGAGAUUACAGUGGUGGAGGAUGCAGAGAAAAGUAAUUAAAGUCAUUUUAAUGGCAUGAAUGAAACAAUUAUUAUGACAGUCCUAAUUUUUCUGCUUAAUUUAAUGGAAUACUUUUUGAUUUUAAAUUAAAUUACAUUUUUAAAAGGAAAUUAAGCCCGUUCAGACAGGCUUAUCUUCAGUCUGGAAAUAUAAUUAUACUAGAAAUGCUAACCACCUUAUUAGAACAAAACAUAAAAUGACUACAAAGAGAGGAACUAGUGACAUAUUGAUGGGCAAAAACAUACUAGUGUUCCGGAUAUGAAGGACAAACUGCAAGAUCAUUUACAACUUGAUAUGCCCAGAGGGGUAAAUAAUGGAGCGAGCAUAGUAAAAGUGACAUGUUGGCAAA